GGAAUUGCUGGGACAAAGGAAUACAUGUGUUAGAUUUUGAUGCAACCGUUCUGUGGGUGCUUUGGCACAUCUAUCAAUGACACUACCUCAAAAAGCAGACUGGCGGCUACUUCCUUUGGGCACAGACCUCUUCACUGCUGGAGGCCGACACCACGCUCUCUCUCAAGAUAUAUGGGUUUUGGACUUGCCCAGACGCAAGGUCAGAAUGCUGCUCUUCUGUCAUGCUCUAGCUGUAGCAGUUGUCCAGAUCUUUAUCUUCUCAGAAAACCGGGCCUUUGCCAAGAACAUCAACUUCUAUAACGUGAGGCCUCCUCUUGACCCUACACCAUUUCCAAACAGCUUCAAGUGUUUUACCUGUGAAAAUGCAGGAGAUAAUUACAACUGCAAUCGAUGGGCAGAAGACAAGUGGUGUCCACAAAACACACAGUACUGUUUGACAGUUCAUCACUUUACCAGUCAUGGAAGAAGUACAUCCAUCACCAAAAAGUGCGCCUCCAGAAGUGAAUGUCAUUCAGUUGGCUGCCACCACAGCCGAGAUUCUGAACAUACAGAGUGUAGGUCGUGCUGUGAAGGAAUGAUCUGCAAUGUGGAAUUACCCACCAACCACACUAACGCGGUCUUCGCCGUAAUGCACGCUCAGAGAACGUCUGGGAGCAGUGCCCACACGCUCUGCCUGCCAGCGCUUGCCUGGGUUUUCAUGCUUCCGUUGAUAUGAUGCCGCCAUUCCUAGGAAAGGCAGAGCCCAGCCCUCUGACGCACAAACUAAAAACUGUGUAAACAGCGAACUUUUGAAUGAAGAGCAAUCUUGCAGUUGGUGAAGAGUACACAUUGGACUCAAAGCAGAAGACAGUUGUUUGCUUGGUUAAAACGCUCUUGCAUGAGGCCAUGGGAUUCAGGAAGGGAAUUUGGCCCGGGCUGAGGGCAUUUUCUGGCUUCCAGGCUUCCUGGUCAAAGAGGCUGCAUUUUGUCACUUUUGCAGGAAGGAUCCUGCCAGCACCCACAAUGGACAGGCUGUAGUAGCCUAUGUUGUCCCCACCUGACCAGGCCUUUGGCUGAAAGGACUCCUUGACCUCACUGACUCUUUCAGAAGCUGCUGGGUCAGAUCUUCUCUUUCUGUGAUUAGCUCAGAGUGUCUCUGGGAAGUUUAACCCUUCCCCCGAUGAAAAAGCAAUGUAUGCUAAUUGUGUGUGUGUGUGGAGGAGAAUAAAGCUUUUAAAUUAUGCAGAGUAAAA